CUCUUUGAUUUCUAUAGAGAAUUUGAACACGAUCAGACCACGAUCAGACAUUGAUGGAGAAGCUCAUAGAGAGGUUAGAGUCGGCUGUGGUUCGGCUCGAGGCACAUUCCUCAAGAAUCCAACCAAGAGGUUUCCCGGAGACGGGCGGAGAUGACUGUUCUACCGAUCCCUCGAUCAUUGCAUUCGGUGAUCUGAUAACCCAAUCCAUCGGUAGGCUUCUAACAACAGCCGAGAAAAUUGGUGGAAAUGUUUUGGACGUGACCCAGGUUCUAGCGGAGGCAUUCUCUGUUCAGAAAGAUCUUGUAUCAAAGAUUAAAAGGACUCCAAAACCUGAUUCAGGAGGUAUGAGUGAUUUUCUAAAGCCAUUAAAUGAUGUGAUAACGAAAUGCACUAGAUUGUGUGAAGGAAAACGUUGUGAUAAUUUUAACCAUUUGAAAGCAGUUUCUGAUAGUCUAACAGCUCUUGCAUGGAUUGCAUUUAGUGGUAAAAAUUGUGGUAUGGCUAUGCCAAUUGCACAUGUUGAAGAAAGUUGGCAAGCAGCUGAAUUUUAUAAUAAUAAGAUUCUUGUUGAGUAUAAAAGUAAAGAUCCAAAUCAUUUGGAAUGGGCAAAAUCUUUGAAGGAACUUUAUGUCCCUGAUCUUAGGGAUUAUGUCAAGACUUAUUAUCCUCUUGGACCUGUCUGGAGUACUACUGCUUCCAUUGGAGGACCAGGAACAGGAGCAGGAGCUGGAUCUGCCCCUGCCCCUCCUCCAUCGGCAGCAUUUAUAAGCAAGACUUCUUCUUCUUCUUCAUCACAACAACCAAAGGCAGCAGCAGGAGGAGCAGGAAUGGGUGCUGUUUUUCAGGAUAUUAGUUCAGGGAAGUCAGUGACUGCAGGUCUUAGAAAGGUUACAGAUGAUAUGAAAACUAAGAAUCGAACAGAUAACAAAGGAUUAGUGGAAAAAGAAAGGGGAAUCAUUAGUUCUCCUCGCGUGGCGAGUAAAGUUGGACCUGCAAAGCUAGAGCUACAAAUGGGUCGUAAAUGGGUAGUUGAGAAUCAAAUUGGAAACAAGAGUUUAGUGAUUGAAGAAUGCGAUUCGAAACAGUCUAUCUAUGUUUAUGGAUGCAAAGAUUCAGUACUACAGGUUAAAGGGAAGGUGAAUAACAUAACAGUAGAUAAAUGCACCAAGAUGAGUGUUGUUUUCAUGGAUGUUGUUGCUGCUUUUGAAAUUGUAAAUUCUAAUAGCCUUGAAGUUCAAUGUCAAGGAUCGGCUCCAACAAUAUCGAUUGAUAACACUUCAGGGUGUCAAUUAUAUCUGAGUAAAGAGUCUUUGGAGACGUCUAUAAGUACAGCAAAGUCGAGUGAAAUCAAUUUGUUAGUACCUGGCCCUAAUCCUGAUGAUGACUGGCCCGAGCAUCCUUUGCCAUACCAAUUCAUUCAUGUUUAUAAGGACGGACAGUUCUUAACUACUCCUGCAUCCCAUUCUGGUGCUUAAUUGGUUCUUUGCUUUCUUAAUUAUUGUUUGUAAAAACAUUCAUAACCCCUUUCUUUUGUCUCUGUCUUGAUAACAUUUAUGUAUUUGUGUUUGUU